CCGUUCAGAGGCUGAUGAAACUGAAAGUGCCGCAGCAGCGAUUGCUGCUUCAGGCCCGGGAGAUUAUUUCACCUUCAACAACUGUGCGGAGAGGAGGGGAAUCAGGUGGCGGUGGUAGGCAGACAAAGAGAGUGAGCUUUAAAACAGUGCGACAUGAACGGAGGAGUAGACUGGGUCCUCUCGGAGGAAGUGAUCGAUCUCACCAGAGGACCGUCAGGAUUGGGCUUUAACAUCGUUGGUGGGAUGGAUCAGCAGUACAUUGCCAAUGACAGUGGCAUCUACGUCAGCCGGAUCAAAGAAGAUGGGGCUGCCGCCCUUGAUGGCCGAUUACAAGAGGGAGACAAAAUUUUAGUGAUUAACGGCAGGGACCUGAAGAACUUGCUGCACAAGGAUGCUGUGGAACUGUUCAGGAAUGCAGGCCGCGACGUUUCUCUGAAAGUUCAACACAGGUUGCAGCCACAGAAUGGUCCAGCUGGUCACAGAGGAGAUGGAGAACCAGAUGGUAUUCCCCUAGCUGUCAUUUUGGUGCCAGUAUUGGCCAUUGCAGUGGCUACAGUGUGGGCCUUCAUGCGGUAUCGACAGCGGAUGUGAAACAUUCCCCUCCGAAGAUCUCUGUGCAUAUAUAUUCCACAGCUACAUUAUAAUUUAAAGAGAGAAUCAACAGUUUUAUCCUGGACUAAUGCCACAAAGGAUUGUUGCCUCUUGUAAAGCUGCUGAUGAUGUUCACUAUGUUCUGAUUUUUCUUGUGGGGUUGAUGGAGGAAGGAGGUAAAUGGGGAGGUGAGAUCAGCGUGUGUAAACAAAUAUGCCAUUUUCACUGAUCCCAUGGAAGUUUUGCCAUCCCCUUUCUCAUACCAUGAACUUUCAAACACUUAUUAUGUAUUUUAGGAUGUGACUUUGGGGGGAGAAGGCUGUGGGUGUGUUUUUUAAGAGCAAAACUUUUAUUUUGAGAAUUUCCUUGUUCUCAUCUCAUUCCUCCUACAACCAGUGAUCAACCUCCCUGAAUCAAGAAUGAAGAGGAGUGUGCACUGUUUUUAUUUUCUUCUUUUGGGUAGGGUGGGGUGAUUAAAUAAAUGCCUUAGAGAAAUGUAUACCAUCUAAUCUGGUUUCCCACUUAAAGUUCCCAGAGGAGCUGCUGUUGUAAAACAAAUAUGCAAUAUCAGUGAGGUGUUGUACUGGCCCUGGAAAGGUAGGAGGCAGCAUCGGGUAGAAGGAGAGAGGAGUAAGGAUAGAAGGCUCAGGAAUGAAGAACCAAAGAAUUGUAACAGGAGGCUUUUGACAAAGUGCUAGGAUACUGGAGAGACACCCAAUAGCAUCAGAAAUAGCCCAAUGAGGGGAGAGAGUAACUGUUGGAGCUGCAGAUAGGUCUCUAAAGUGGAGGUAAACCAACAGCAUGUUUAGUCUAUGGAGCUACCAGAAGCCCCAUCUCUCAGGUUACAGAAUAACUUUUGGAGGCAGGGGAUGGAAAUAGAACACUCAUUUUAUCCAGACUUAUUGCAGCAGCUGACCUGCUGUCUGCAGUGUCCUGCAGCCUGGAAGACCUUAGCGUGAGGUGGUCCAUGGUAUGGUCUUGGUCCAUCUAGGCUAUUGCUUGCUUGCUGAGGCUCUGACAUGGCUGCUGGGGAGUUACACCAAUGGGCAAAGCAUGGGAUGGAGGAGGAAGAUGCACAGUCCUGGUAGGUAUUCUGCCCCCCCGCAAGAAGAAUCUAGUGUGGCUACAGAAGGGGGACAGGGAAGGCUUGGUAAGAAAGAUGAAUUGGCAAAAAACAUACAAUGCCUUGCCACAAAGGAGAACAACGAAGCCUACUGGGGUGUUUAACAGGCUGCUAGUUCUAUAAUAAUGCUGGGGGAAAUGAGCAAUACCAUGUUCCUAUGAGAGAGUAAAGCUUGCUGGUAUCGACUGAAGGAAGCCAGAGUCGCUCUAUUGAGGUAGCGGGGAGGAGAAUACGCACAGGAUGUCAGUGCUUCAAGGCACUUUAAUCUUUUGUUUUUUAAAUAGGCUGUAGAACAAGCCACUUGUAGGUGCUUGAUGUAGCCUCUGAACCAUGCUUGUUAGGCCACAGUGCCUGGAAGAAAUGUGUGUGUGUGUGUGUGUGUGUGUGUGUGUGGUAGAGUGUUUAGUGAAUAAGACUGUGAAGCGGGAGACCAUCUCUGGAAAAGCUGUGAUUGAAUUUUAUCUGCAGGAUUGUAACUCCUCGCUCUGUCUGGUUUUAAACACAUCAGCUGACCUCAGUGGAGUAAGACCUGUUUUUCUUGUCUCCCAGAAAGAAUGUGUUCUUUUGUAAAAAGACAAGUGAUAUGUAUUGUCUGUAUAAAUGCCAAAAAUCACAUAUGCAGUAUAUGUAUACAAACAAGAGA